AUGUUGGAAAUGCUUGAAUACAGCCACUAUCAGGUGCAGUCCCACUUGGACAAUCCCUCCAAGUAUCACAUCCAGCAGACUCAGAGGCAGCAGGUGAGGCAGUAUCUGUCCAGCACUCUGGGUGGUAAAGCUGGCAGCCAGUGCCCCAGCCAGCCCCCCGAGCACGGCAUGCUACCCGGGCCCGGCAUCAGCGCCCCCAACAGUCCCAUGGCUCUGCUCACCCUCAGCUCCAACUGCGAGAAAGAGAUGGAUGAUGUCAUUGAUGAUAUAAUUAGCUUGGAGUCAAGUUACAAUGACGAUGUUCUUGGACUUAUGGACCCAGGACUCCAAAUGAACCACCAGCUCCCCGUGUCUGGAAACCUUCUCGAUGUGUACGGCAACCAAGGACUUCCACUCCCGGGCCUUGCCAUCAGCAACUCCUGUCCACCCAACAUUAAAAGGGAAUAUUCAGCUCCUGGCAUGAAGGAAGUGCUGGACAAGACUGACCCCUGUGGCAUGUAUGAAAACUAUCAAAGGCAAGAGGGCUUUCCAGUAGAGGCUGAAGUCCGUGCUCUUGCUAAAGAGAGACAGAAAAAAGACAACCAUAACUUGAUUGAACGAAGACGGAGAUUCAACAUCAACGAUCGCAUCAAGGAACUGGGAACCUUGAUACCCAAAUCUAAUGAUCCAGAUAUGCGCUGGAAUAAAGGCACCAUUCUCAAAGCUUCAGUGGACUAUAUCAGGAGGCUACAGAGGGAGCAGGUGAGAGCCAAAGAGCUUGAGUGCAGACAGAGGAAGCUGGAGCACGCAAGCCGCCAUCUGAUGCUUCGUAUACAGGAGUUGGAGAUCCAGGCCCGUGCUCAUGGUCUUACAGUGGUGCCAUCCUCAUCUGUCUGCACAUCGGAUUUGAUGAGCCGAGCCAUUAAACAGGAACCCGUCCUCGGCGAGUGCCCCGCAGAGCUCUACCAGCACAGCUCGGCUCCUGACAUGUCCCCUCCGACCACACUGGACCUCAACAACGGCACAAUCAUCUUCGACCAUAUUCCUGCAGAUGGUGGGGACCCUGGUCCCUACGGAACCUCCAGAACCUGUAAAAUGAAGGACUUGGUAAGGGACACCCUGUCACCGAUGUCCCCAAGUGAUCCCCUGCUGUCCUCGAUGUCCCCAGAUGGCUCCAACAACGGUAGCAGCAUCCACAGUUCCAGCUCUAGUAUGGAGGAUAAGGAGCAUGGCUGUUAGCACACUGACACUUUCUAUCUGUAGUGUCCCAUCAAUGAGGCACUCACCUUAAAGUGACUGAAAGGUAUCCACAUGACUGAGUGGAUCAACUCUAUUAUAAACUCUAUUUUUGUUUUGAUUCUA